GUAAGGCACCAUGAGUGUGUAGAAAGCAGCGAUUGAUCCUAAUAGCAAAUCGUAACCGUAAUGCUUCAGAAAAUUCGUAGAUUGACCUUUGGAAGCCAUUGUUUUCGUUUUCGGUGUGUUGCAAAGGGAGUUCAGAAUUUGAACACUACAAACAAAGACAUUGAUUGGGCUUUUAUUUACGAGGCCCAUUGGGCCCUUCUCAAUUAUCUCGAGAACUAAAAACUCCUCUUCGUUCGGCCUUAGGAAGCUAAACUUUGUUUCCCACCGUCGCCGGAGCUUCAUACACCAUCACCACCGUGAGCACCACCGCUUCAAACCGCAACAAAAGAAGCACUGUCACUUCAACCUUUUUCCUUCUCACUUCGAUUCCUUCAUUCACUGCUAAACAAAUUGGGAGAAUAAAAGAGAAUGGAGAAGAGAGAAGAUUGGAGAUCAAUUCUACCAUAUUUACCCGUGGUGAUGCGUUCUCCUUCUCUAUUUUGGCCGUCCCAAGCGGUGGAAACUCUCAGAGAAAUCGGAAGUGGCCGAGUCGACUCGGGCCGCCUCUUAUACAUCGCCAUUACCGAGCUCAGGAACUCUCUUUCUCUAUCUUCCGAACCUUUAGCUCCUUCUGCUGCACAUGGAUAUGCCCUCUUCUUUGACGAGUUGAUCUCUAGAGAGGAAUGUAGGAAGUGGUUUGAAGAGGUGCUUCCAGCAUUGGGAGAUUUGCUUUUGAGGUUGCCAUCUUUGUUGGAAGCACACUAUGAAAAUGCGGAUAUGGUUAUUGAUGGAGAGGGAGCCACCAUCAGAACUGGUCUUCGCAUGCUGGAUUCGCAGGAACCUGGGAUAGUGUUUCUUACCCAGGAGUUGAUUGCUGCUCUUCUUGUAUGCUCAUUUUUAUGUCUAUUCCCAGUCCAUGACAGAUAUGAGAAACAACUUCAACCAGUUAACUUUGAUGAGUUGUUUGCGAGUGUCUAUGAUGAUUACAGUCAAAAACAAGAAAAUAAGAUUUGGUGCAUCAUUCACUAUUUUCAAAGGAUAGCCUCUGAUAUGCCUAAGGGUGUUGUCUCAUUUGAGCGAAAAGUACUUGCCUGGGAAGAUGAUUCAGUUCACGUUUCUUACCCUGAUACUAACUUUUGGAGCACUUCUGUUAUACCACUAUGUAGAUUUGAGGUUCAAAGUUCAGGACUAAUAGAAGAUCACUCAAGUGAAGCUGUCGAAGUGGACUUUGCGAAUGAAUAUCUUGGUGGUGGUGCUCUUCGUAGGGGUUGUGUACAGGAGGAAAUUCGUUUCAUGAUCAGUCCAGAAUUAAUUGUUGGCAUGCUUUUCUUGCCGUCCAUGGCGGAUAAUGAGGCUAUAGAUAUUGUUGGUGUGGAAAGGUUCUCGAGUUAUAAAGGAUACGCAUCAUCAUUUCGAUUUUCUGGGGAUUAUGUGGAUGAGAAGGCUUUAGACGCCCUUGGAAGACGUAAGACUAGGAUUGUUGCAAUCGAUGCAUUAUGUGGCCCAGGGAUGAGGCAAUACAGGGAAAAAUAUCUCCUCCGUGAGAUCAACAAGGCAUUUUGUGGUUUUCUGCAGCAAUCUACAUGUCAACAGUAUCAGAAAAUUCCACAUGAGAACUUUGAUGCUGCCCGUGCCACCUCAACAUCUAUGGAAACAAGUGAAGUACCAAAUUCAUAUGAAGAAAUCAGAAAUUCUCAAAAUGAUUAUGAUAUGAUGGAGAAGAACAAUGAUAUUGGGGUUGUGACUGGAAAUUGGGGGUGUGGCGCCUUUGGAGGAGAUCCUGAAGUAAAGACCAUAAUUCAGUGGCUUGCAGCUUCUCAGGCUCAAAGACCUUUCAUAGCAUACUACACAUUUGGCUUGGACGCAUUGCACAACCUAGACAAGGCUGUGUGUUGGAUUUUGUCGCAGAUAUGGACAGUUGGAGACCUAUGGAGCAUGCUAGUUGAGUACUCAAAAAAUAGGUCAAAAGGAGAAACUAAUGUCGGUUUCCUCCAAUGGCUCCUACCAUCAAUAUAUGAUCAUGGUUAUAUGAUGGAGUAAUUAGCUAAAUACGCCUUGUUCUGUUGUUUGUCUUUCACUUUUGACAAUGUGUUAUCUUUGAAGAAAAUUUGGUCAUUACAAGGAAAACAGUAGUGAAAUGGUUAAUAUUGUUUUAAACCUGUAUAUACCUUGUAUAGUUUGAUUUUGAAGCUAUAGAAGUUCUAUUAUUCUUUCAUAA